UUUGUCACCACUACUGAAGCUAAAUACACAAUUUUUUAUUUUCAUAUGUGGAGGAAGGAAAAGAUUUUAAAACAAAUUUAAUAGAAAUCGGCAGAAGGAAUGUAAAAUUUAAAUAUUUGUUCCACUUUACAUCCAACUGAAUAAAAGCUUCACAACAAUCUGAAAAAAUACUGAUUAUUGAUCGACAAGAAAAAAUAGCGUCAUCAUGAUGGCCAGACGCGGUGGCAAGCGUAUUAGGAUGGAUGAUAUCCCGCCCGAGUACGAAGAGCAGGGGGAAAACGUAAAUGAUUCAAUUUCGGACGGCGAUAGUCCUACAAAAAGAAUGACAAGAUUGCGUGCCCGGGGUGGUGUCCGCGAUAAACCCCCAAUUAUCGACGAAGACGAGGAUGACUUCUGGGCUCCGGUUGUGCGUAAGAAAAAACAGGAAAAGCCAAAGAAACCACCAGGUGAACGUCGUGAAAAGCCGGAACGCCAACGCAAAGAACACAUGGACAAAGAGCAAGAACGUAUCGAUAUGGAGAGGGAUGUAACAACCGACGAGAAUAGUUUGUACUUUAUUGUUCGCCAUUCCAAAUCUCCCAUUAUGAAUAUCGUCGAUGAUUGGAUUGAACAAUAUAAAGUUAAUAGGGAUACUGCUCUUAUAGCCCUAUUGCAAUUUUUCAUUAACGCCAGCGGCUGCAAAGGUAAAAUACCCGAAGAUACAGAACAUCCCAUGGAUCAUACAGCGGUCAUCAGAAAAAUGACAGAAGAAUUUGAUGAGGAAAGUGGUGAAUAUCCCCUCAUAAUUCCUGGUCAACAGUGGAAAAAAUUCAAAAUGAAUUUUUGUGACUUUGUUCAAACUUUGGUCAAACAAUGUCAAUAUUCGAUUAUAUACGAUCAGUUCUUGAUGGACAAUGUAAUUUCCUUGCUUACUGGCUUGUCAGAUUCUCAAGUAAGAGCUUUCAGACAUACGGCUACUUUGGCAGCCAUGAAGCUUAUGACCGCUUUGGUUGAUGUUGCCUUAUUGGUAUCGAAUAAUUUCGAAAAUGCAGCCAAACAAUAUGAGGCUGAACGCCUUAAGUCUCGUGAUCGACGUGCCUCAGAUCGUUUAGAGUCGUUAAUGGCUAAAAGAGCAGAGCUGGAAGAGAAUAUGGAUGAAAUUAAAAAUAUGUUAACAUACAUGUUUAAAUCUGUAUUCGUACAUCGUUAUCGCGAUACGUUGCCCGACAUUAGAGCCAUUUGUAUGGCCGAAAUUGGAGUUUGGAUGGAAAAUUAUCCCCAAAACUUUUUGGAUGAUUCUUAUCUAAAGUAUAUUGGUUGGACGUUACAUGAUAAAGUCGGAGAAGUACGUCUACGCUGCCUACAAGCACUUUUGCCUCUUUAUGACAAAGAGGAACUUAAGAGUAAAUUGGAAUUGUUCACAUCAAAAUUUAAAGAUCGCAUUGUUGCAAUGACUCUGGACAAAGAGUUCGAAGUUGCCGUACAUGCUGUAAAAUUGGUCAUAAGUAUUCUAAAGAUUCAUCCUGACAUCUUGGCUGACAAAGAUUGUGAAAUCGUUUAUGAAUUGGUGUAUUCCUCGCAUAGAGGAGUGGCCCAGGCAGCUGCAGAAUUUCUUAAUGUACGGUUGUUUCAUUUAACUGCUGACAUGGAAGAGACCAAAUCCAAAAGGGGCAAACUAAGGCUUCCCAACACCCCUUUGAUACGAGACUUGGUGCAAUUUAUGAUUGAAUCUGAAUUACAUGAACAUGGUGCUUACUUAGUAGAUUCAUUUAUGGAUAAUAAUCCCAUGGUAAAAGAUUGGGAAUGUAUGACGGAUUUGUUGCUAGAGGAACCAGGAUAUAAUGAAGAAGUUCUGGAUAACAAACAAGAAUCGACGUUAAUUGAAAUUAUGGUUAGCAGUGUUAAGCAAGCAGCAACUGGCGAGGCGCCAGUUGGCAGAGCUAGCAAUCGCAAAAUAUAUCUCAACUCCAAAGAACUAAAAGCCAUACAAGAUGAAAAAAUAAGACUAACGGAGCACUUCAUUGUAACAUUGCCGCCAUUGCUGGAAAAAUACCAAGCUGACAGUGAAAAACUGGCAAAUCUAUUGUCAAUACCACAGUAUUUUGAAUUGGAUAUUUACACUACAAAUCGCCAAGAGGCUAAUUUGCAAUCUUUGUUGGAUAAAAUGACCCACAUAAUGUCGGUGCAUACAGAUCGCGAUGUGUUGGAAACCUGUGCCAAAACAUUGGAAUAUUUGUGUACAGAAGGCAGUGCCACGUAUACACGGUGUGAUGUUGCCCGUUCGAAUAUCAUCGACAAUGCUGUUAAUAAAUAUAAAGAUGCUAUCGAAGAUUGGCGUAAUUUAAUUGCAGGCGAAGAAUUACCCAAUGAAGAUGACAUCUACAAUAUUAUAAGUUCUCUGAAGGUUGUCUCCAUCCUGUACUCUUCUCAUAACAUGAAUCCUUGGAAUCUAUUUGAUUCCCUAUUUCAAGACGUGGAUGAGUGCCAAGCAAAAGAAAAUCCCGGUCGCAACAUUCCUAAUGAGGCAUUGGUGUAUUGUAUAGAGGCCUGUUAUUUUUCUAUAAGUUGGGGACUGUAUUACGUUGAAAAUAAUUGUGAGACAUCACAGGUUGAAUCGGCGGUUAAGGAGCUACGAACAAACCUUGAUAAAUAUAUGUUUGCCUGUUUCGAAUUGACACGAGAUGGACCUACAGAUGAUGUGCAAGAAGCGGCCUACCAAUCAAUUUGUGAUCUGUUAAUAAUAUUUUCGGAUCAAUUAGCCCGUAAUGAAAAUCCUAAUGUCCGCACAUUGGAGUACAAAUCCACGUUGGAUGAACAAUUGGUAUUGAACAAUUUCGUACAGCACUAUGUCUUCACGAUAAGACAAGAAGAUUCUAUUUCCACAGAUCUUCAGGACGAGACUCGUAUAAUGGAAUUGCAUAAGAAACGUAACUACUUAGCGUCCUACUGCAAAUUGGUGGUUUACAAUAUAAUACCAACAAAGAGUGCUGCCGGAAUGUUUAAAAACUAUGUCAAGUGGUAUAAUGAAUAUGGAGACAUCAUAAAGGCCACCCUUGGGAAAGCUAGAGAAAUCAACAAAAUUAAUUUUGCAUUAACACUGCUUUUGAGUCUUAUUGCGGUCUUUAAGGAUUUACAAAGCCAGUCCGAAAAUGAAUUGGUCUCAAAGAAUUCUCAUGAAUUUAGUGAACUUAAAGAGUUGGCCAAACGAUUUGCGCUGACAUUUGGUUUUGAUGCCAUAAAAAAUCGUGAACCAAUUAUUGCUCUACAUCGUGCUGGAAUUUUAUUUGCAGUCGGUGAAGUACCCGAGGAUCCAGUGGCAGCCCCUAAACGCUUGCUUUUCUUAGAAGUUCUAAAUGAGUUUAAUCACAAGUUGUUAAAACAGGAUAAGAAAGUGAUUUUGAAUUUCCUGGAUCGUCGAAUUUCACCAGCCCUGCCUUCAAGUAAACAAGAGGAAUAUCAGCCAUUGUUUUUGUAUCGUAAUUCUCUGGUGCAUGGAGAAACUGAUCAAGCUCCAGUCAGUUCAAAGCGAGCUUACGCCCGCAAGCGGCGUGGUGAUCAUGACGAUGAAGAGGAUGAGGACGAUUACGAAGAUGAGCACAACGAUCCAGAUUUCCGAGGAUAAAUAUCCCCAUGCCUUUGGUAUAUUCAAAAGUCGUAGUAGGACACGUAGUGUUGUAAUUUUAAGCUAAGCGUGUAGUUCACCAAUUAUGUAAUAAAAAAACAUUCAUUUUUCUCGACUCCAUUAACUUUAGUUUCCAUAAACCUGAUAAGUUAUUGUUAUUAAGUUUAUUAAAAAUGAAUAAAUAAAGUUCUAUUUUACAUUGUAUCAUGAGAAAAUA